AUGAAAGAAUGCCUUGCUUUCGUACGUGAUAUGAUGUGGGACAGAGAUGAAUAUCGUUUCGGAUCUGUUAUUUGGUGUUACGUUACUGAAUUGAAAGAAAUUGACCUAGCAUUUGAAUCCAUGUUAAGUUCUGAUGAUCGUAAAAGAGGAGGCAUUACUCUAGAACGCUUCAAGGAACUUGUGACAGAGUUCUUCACAUCUCUAGAUGCUAAUUCUCCGAGCAGAAACAUUUUUGGACCCCUGGAUCCUAAUAUGGCCGAUGAAAUUCUGCGUCGCGCGGCACCUUCAAACUGAAGUGAAAUGAAAGGAUUUAAUUUUGAAAUAUUUAGGAGCCUUAGAUUUUAUCAGGAGCAGUAAGAAGUAUAGCUGAUUUUAACAUCGAAAAAUGCAAAAUGUAUCAUGUUUUCGACAUCAUUAGUACUUUUUUGCUCUAGUUCAUAGGAUAGAGAUUUCUAGCACGGGAUUGAUAGUUUAUUUAUUAGAUAAAUAGAAUAGUUCUGGGCUGGGGUGAUAAUGCCUCGUUUUACAAUUUCUAUCAUUUAUUUGUGGAACACGCAUAAAAGGGUCUGAUGCUGCUAUAUUUGUUA